AAGCAGGAAAUAGAAAGAAGGAUUAGUCCGGUUUAACGGCACAUCUUACUUUCGUUUUUCUCUUACGACAUGAUUACAGUACGGACACAGCAACCUUCUUGAUCAUAUUUGAUGAACCAAAACUAAGCGAGGAUGAGUCGACCCACUUUUAUGUACUUCUCCUAUGGGAGCAACCUGCUGAAGGAACGUCUGUUACUACGAAAUCCAACUGCUGUGUUUCAGUCAAUUGCAAACCUACAGGAUUAUAAAUUAGCGUUUGAGGCCAUUCAGGAUCCUAAACGCAGUCGAUGGCAUGGGAGUGUUGCUACCAUAGUGGAGAAGUCUGGGGCUAAUGUAUGGGGUGCUGUGUGGGAACUGGAUGUUAAAGAUCUUCCUAAUCUGGAUAGACAAGAAGGUAUCUACAAAGGGUUUGAUGUGAAGGUCGUAUCCUCUGAAGGUCAGGAGCUCAUCUGCCGUACUUAUAAACUGGAUAAGACUGGUGAUCCUGCGUUCGACAGUCGGCCAUCACCACACUAUAAGGAUGUGAUCCUACGAGGGGCCAGGGAGCUACAACUACCUGAUGACUAUUUAAAAUUUCUACAGAACAUUCCUGAUAAUGGCUACCAGGGAACUGUUGAAGUUUAUGAGGAGGUGUUAAAAAUGCUUGGAGAAAAAGGCGGGAAGAUGUAAUAUCAAUUAGCCUGUAUAGAGUGAAUAAGGAAAGCCGUUAUAUUUCAGGAUAUUGUCAUUUUUACCUUUACGUUUUAUCCGUCAUCUUAGUCCCAGUCUGUAAUUAUCUACAUCCAGGAUUUUUCCUCCAUCUGUCUGCAGUAUUUGACUCACAGAUUUCUGUUCCAGCAUUGUUAGAUUGUCCAGCAUUGUUAGAUUGUCCAGCAUUGUUAGGUUUCUAUAAACUAGUGCUAUUAUUAUUGUUUUCCUAACUUUUACACUGGUUUUAGAUGCAUUAUUUUCCAGAAGUACAUCAGUAACAGGAAACAGUCAAUAUGAUAGUUUUUAAUAUACUUUGUUGUCCUAGCUUGUUGUUUUUGUUAUAGUUUUCUUACAAAUAUACGUUAAAGAGUGCAUUCUAUCACAUUAUACUUAUUCUGCUUUUCCCUACAGAUGAGACCAUCCCCUAUUGGAAAUAACCAUUGUUAGUCUCAAUCACCUCUCGGAUUUAUUUAAAUAGAUAUUUGUGUAGCCCAUUUUGGUGGUAGAGAUAUGGUAGCACUGUUACCUGUGCCAUUGUUGAAGGUUCUUCUAUCAAAAUCUGUUGUAAAAAUGAUGGAAGUUGUACCACUAGAUCAAGUAUUUUAAAACUCCAUACAACUAUUUUGUAUAUGAUUUGUUGAUAGCUGAUGGACUUUAUUUUAUAUAGCAAGAUUUUAAGCAGUGCUAAACAUAACUACUUUUAUGUAUGAAAAGUUAUUUUUCCAUUUUUAUUAUGAUUUUAUUUUCCUUUAUGUGCAUUUGAUUAUCAUUUAUAUGGUAUAUAAUUGUUUUCUUUAAAUGAUCAAAAUGAUAUUACAAUGUAUAUGACUUUAUAAAAGAUGUAUAAUACAUAAAUGGUAAUACAGAAUUAUUAACUUUGUCUACAAAUAGUGAUACAGAAUUAUAGACAAAUAGUGAUACAGAAUUAUUGACUAUGUCCACAAUUGGUAAUACAGAAUUAUAUGUCCACAAUCGGUAAUACAGAAUUAUAUGUCCACAAUUGGUAAUACAGAAUUAUAUGUCCACAAAUGGUAAUACAGAAUUAUAUGUCCACAAAUGGUAAUACAGAAUGAUUUACUUUGUCUACAAAUAGUAAUAUAGAGUAAUUGACUUUUCCAACAAGUAUCUUUUCCACACAGAGUCGCAGGUAUAACAUUAGCAAUAGUGUAACUUUUGAUUUGAAGGAUAAUAACUGAUACAUAUAGAAUAUUAAUAUUUUACAAUA